AUGUCUGAUCGUCGCGCGGAGGGCUCAGAACCACCCGCAAAGCGACGGAAGGUCAGGAAGGGUACCCGGAGCUGCUGGGAAUGUAAGAGGCGGAAGAUCAAAUGUCAGUUCGACGCCCCAGACGAUGCCGUGUGUAUCGGUUGCAAGCAGCGAGGGACCAUCUGUCGCAGUCAGGAAUAUGACGACGAGAACGCCCCCGAGCCGGGCCAGAAGUCAGACCCGCCUCUGGCCAGGCGCCUCGACCGUCUCGAGCAGAUGAUGGAGCGCAUCGUCGACAAGAUCUCUGUUCACCGACGGGGACCCUCAGAGUCUGGACAUAUCCCGACGCCAGCCAUGACUUCCAUCGAGUCCUCUACUCCUACCCUUCCGACUACCGCAGCGAGCCAGGGGCCGGCUUCGAGACCGGCGACAAGUGCUGGACCCCAGCUUCUUCCGCCUCUAAACCAGCACUACUGGGUCUGCAACUCGCUGCGGAGCGUCGUGCCGCCGCAGGCUGUCGUCGACGCGAUCAUCUCAGCCAGCCCGGGCGCGCUCUACGCCGUGUCUAUGUGCUAUAGCGAUGCCGAGAGGUGUGCAGGCAGGGCAGAGACGACAGCUUCUCUUGCAGUCAGCCCUCCCAUGACCGCCCACGCGCUCAUCCUCGCCAAGAGAGCUCUACAGAUUCUCAUCUGCGUUCAGCAACUCCCACCCGCUUACGACUGGGAUGCACUUGGGCCGAGUGCUCCCAUCACCGACACGAUGAGCCGACUGCUCAACGGGGCGACGCUCGUCACGUCUAACGAUGAGCUGAUGGGGUAUGCCGAAGGAAUAGAGUGCCUUCUCUUGCAGGCUUCUUACCAAGCGAACUGCGGCAACCUGCGCAGAGCCUGGAUCACCACGCGGCGAGCUCUGGGCCUCGCUCAGAUGAUGGGGCUUGAUAAGAAGCAUACAGCAGCGUUCAGGUCAUGCGAUCCGAGCACCAGCCCGGCGCGUAGAACGUCCCCUCAUGUACUUUGGGUCAAAGUCGUGUCUUGGGAUCGAUAUUUGUCCCUCCUCCUCGGCCUCUCAUUGGGCAGCCGAGGCAACGAGUUUGGCUCGGAGAAGGCAUCGGAGGAGGACACUCCCAUCGACCGACUCGAGAAGGCACACAGCCUCAUCUCUGAGCGUAUCAGUGAGCGAAAUGACAAACAUCAGAGGGACCCGUCUAGACAUCAGAGCAUCUAUGCGCUCACCCAGGACAUCGACCUCGAGCUCGAGGCCGCGGCGAGCGCAAUGCCUCCGGGCUGGUGGGACGAACCACGCCUCGACCCUUUCGCCUCCCAAGUGUCAAUGUGGGAUGCGACUGCAAAAGUCCUUUUCCAGAUUCAUCAUUUCACCCUAGUCCUCCUGCUUCACGUGCCCUACAUGCUUCGAGAUCUCGCGUCCCCACGGUACGAUUAUUCCAAGACAACCUGUGUGGCGACCGCACGCGACCUGCUCUCCCGCUUCUUUUCGUUUCGCACUCAUAAUGUGUCGGCUUACAGCUGCAGGCGGGUCGACUACGCCGGUCUCAUCGCAGCGAUGACCUUGUGCCUCUCAUAUCUGGGCAGGCGAAGGACCGAGACUUGGGUGCGAUCUAGGCUCAGCGAUGAUAGUGAGCUGAUCGAGCUGACUAGGAGGCGGAUGGAGCAUGUCGCGCGCGUGAAUGGAGACCGGCUCAGUAAAGAGGCGGUCGGCAUCAUUGGACAGCUAGCUCCCAUCAUUCAGAAGGCGACUGCAGCCCUUCAAGGACCCACAGAGGCCGAAGCACCACCAAGCCCAGAGGCCGUCGCCAAAGACCUGCAAUUCAACAUACCCUACCUGGGCUCUGUCAACAUCAAGAUACCCGGAAGCACUACAUAUUCGUAUACUGCGGACUGGCACGGCCAUCGCCGGCACCCCUCGUCCGCGACCAGUGCACUGGACAGGAUGGCGCUCUCUCCUACACAGCAGCAGGUGUCCGCAUCCCUCGAGGCGCCUCAGUCGUCUUUCUCUGACAUCGGCUUCAUGCAAUUUGCGCAGUAUGACAAUCAGUUGCCCUUUGGCACCGGGCCGAGUCUGGGCGCAGAGCCAGACUUCAUGGCGGGGGCUGAUGACUGGGCGCUACAAGGUGUGGAUGCGGCAUACUGGUCGCUCUUUGAAGGAAUCAUGUAA